AUAUAUAUAUAUUAAACCCGCCACGCAGAAACAGCACCGAUUUUUUAUGUUUCUUUUUCACACACACACUCUCUCUCUUCCUCUAGCAUCUCUGGAGAUCUAAAACACUCUCUUUGAAGCAUUUCCAAAAUCCCAAAAUAUGUGGUUGCUGUUUCUGACAAACUUCAAAUAGGUAAGUAUCUUCCAGUUGCUUAAAAACCCUCCAUUGUUGUUGUCACCCUGCAUUGUCUUCUGCUUUUCUCCCUCUAUAUCUUGUUCUUACUUAAAAGCAUGCAGCUUGGUUUGCGAAAGCUUUUGCUUUUACUUUGCUUCUUUUGUUCCAUUUCUACUUUCUCUGCUUUGAGCUAUGAUGGGGUGACUUUGUUGUCACUUUUGGGGCGCUGGAAAGCUGUGCCUUCUUCCAUUAGCUCAAGUUGGAAUUCUUCUGAUUCCACUCCAUGUCAAUGGGUAGGAGUAGGAUGUGAUAGUGCCCAGAAUCUGUUGUCCUUGAACCUCUCUGGUUAUGGGAUUUCUGGUGAGAUUGGACCUGAAAUCGGCCGUUUGAGCCGUUUGCAGACCAUUGAUUUGAGUUUGAAUGGUUUCUCUGGCAAGAUACCCCCAGAGUUAGGAAAUUGUAGUGUUCUUGAGAUCCUAGACCUUUCUGGGAAUGCUCUUACAGGGGAGAUACCCAGCAACCUAAAAAACUUGAAAAAGUUGCAGACUCUUAGCUUGUUUGAUAAUUUUCUGUCUGGUGAAGUGUCUGAGUCAUUGUUCCAAAUCCCCGACCUGGAAAAUGUUUAUCUGAAUGAUAACAACUUGAAUGGCUCUAUCCCUGCAAGUGUUGGGAAUAUGAGCAAGCUUUUGUCUCUAUAUUUAAGAGGUAACCAGUUAUCAGGGCAGAUUCCUUCUUCCAUUGGAAAUUGUAAGAAAUUGCAGGAAAUUUCUUUGGAAGAGAAUCAUUUGACAGGAGUUUUGCCAGAGAGCUUGGGCAAUCUCAUAGACCUUGGCUAUUUAAGUGUCCAGAACAAUAAACUUGUGGGUAGCAUUCCUUCUGGGUUGGGUAAUUGCAAUAGCUUGUACUUCUUGGAUGUUUCACACAAUAGUUUGAGUGGACGGCUUCCACCGAGUUUGGGCAAUUGUACUAGUUUAAGUCAGUUUGCUGCUAUGAAAAAUAACUUAGUAGGUAAUAUCCCUUCUUCCUUUGGUCAACUAAAAAUGCUUACAGUUCUUAACCUUCCACAGAACCAGUUGUCUGGGAAAAUACCACCUGAACUUGGGAAUUGUAAAUCCUUGAAAAUGCUUCAGUUGUUCUCGAACCAGCUUGAGGGGGAAAUUCCUAGUGAAUUAGGGAAACUGACUAAUAUGCAGGAUCUUCAACUGCAAGAAAACCGUUUAACCGGUGAAAUACCGGUUAGUAUUUGGAAAAUUCCAAGUCUUCUGGAAAUCCUUGUUUAUAAUAACAGUCUUUCAGGGCAAAUCCCUUUGGAGGUUACGGAACUGAAGCAUCUGCAAAACAUUUCACUGUUUAACAACCAUUUCUUUGGUACCAUACCUCAAGGUCUGGGGAUUAACAGUAGCUUAGUGCAGUUAGACUUUACCAAUAAUAGGUUUAGUGGUGAAAUCCCACCAAAUCUUUGCUUCGGAAAGCGAUUAAGGGUUCUCAAUAUGGGUAUUAAUCAACUCAAAGGCAACAUACCUUCAGAAGUAGGAAGCUGUCCAGCCCUCCGGAGGCUAAUCCUCACACAAAAUAAGCUCACAGGGUUUCUUCCAGAGUUUGCAAAAGACACAAACCUUUCAUACGUGGACAUCAGCGGCAAUAGUAUCGGUGGUGCAAUCCCAUCAAGCUUGGGAAACUGUAUCAACAUCACUUCCAUUAAUUUGUCCAUGAACAAGUUGGAAGGAUCAAUACCGCAGGAGCUAAGCAAUCUCAUAAAUCUUGAGGGUCUUAAUCUUUCUCGCAACAAUUUGGUAGGUCCCUUGCCAUCUCAGCUAUCAAAUUGUACCAGACUAGUUUCCUUUGAUGCAGGGUUUAAUUCGUUGAAUGGUUCUAUACCAUUGAGUUUGAGGAGCUGGAAAGAUUUAUCAACACUGGUUUUGAGCGAGAACCAGUUCGUCGGUGGUAUUCCAUCAUUUUUGUCAGAGCUUGAGAAGCUUUCUAUCCUACAACUUGGGGGUAAUCUACUGCGAGGAGAGAUUCCAAAAUCAGUUGGACUAUGGCAACAUCCAUUCACCAUAUUGAAUCUGAGCAAUAAUGGGUUGACUGGGCAACUUCCAUCGGAAAUUGGAAGAAUCCAAUUAGAGCAGUUGUAUAUAUCUGAUAACAAGUUGACAGGAAGCUUGACAGUUCUUGGUAACAUUACUUCGCUAAUGGAGGUCAAUGUUUCAAACAAUGACUUCACUGGUCCAGUCCCAGAGAAAUUGAUACACUUGCUGGAAUCAUCUCCAUCAUCAUUUCUAGGCAAUCCCAGCUUAUGUGUCAGUUGUCCUUCUUCAAGAGGCUCAACUUGCACGGCGAAUAGCUUAUUUAAGCCCUGUGGCAAUCUACCAAAAAAGCAAAAUUCCGUUGGUAAACUGAAAAUUGCGAUGAUUGCUCUUGGAGCUUGUGUAUUUGUUGUUUUCGUGGUUCUUGGAGUGGUUUAUCUAUUUCUGUGGCGAAGAAGACCAAACCAACAAACUCCGAGCUUUGGUACGGAGGGAUCAACAUCCUUGCUGAAGAAAGUGCUGGAGGCUACAGAACAUCUUAAUGACCAGUAUAUAAUUGGCAAAGGAGCUCAUGGAAUUGUUUACAAAGCCUCAGCGGGUCCAGGUGAAAGUUAUGCUGUAAAGAAACUUGCAUAUGCAGGAAAUAAAGGAGGAAGGCUUAGCAUGGGGAGAGAAAUUCAAACUAUUGGGAAGAUCAGGCACCGAAACCUGGUUAAAUUGGAAGGCUUUUGGUCGAGAAAGGACUAUGGUUUAAUCCUGUACAGAUACAUGCAAAAUGGGAGUCUCCAUGAUGUCUUACAUGAAACAAUUCCACCACUAACUCUAGAAUGGAGUGUCCGCUAUAACAUAGCUGUUGGAACCGCAAAUGGGUUGGCAUAUCUCCACUUUGACUGUGAUCCUGCUAUAGUUCAUCGAGACAUCAAAUCAACAAACAUACUUUUAGAUUCUGAGAUGGAGCCUCAUAUUGCUGAUUUUGGGAUUGCCAAACUUCUGGAUGAGUCUUCUUCUUCUUCUUCAACAAUAUCCGCCUCAGUCUUUGGCACAAUUGGAUACAUUGCACCAGAAAAUGCAUUUACAACAAAAAGGAGCGUGGAGUCUGAUGUCUAUAGUUAUGGGGUCGUAUUGUUUGAGCUGAUAACUAGAAAGAAGGCAGUGGAUCCGUCGUUUAGUGAGGACACUGAUUUAGUGGGCUGGGUUAGAGCUAUGUGGAUGAACUGUGAAGAAAUUGACAAGGUUGUGGAUCCAAGCCUUUUGGAUGAACUGUUGGAUUCAAAUAUCAUGGAUCAGGUUGUUUGCGUUCUUCAGUUGGCUUUGAGAUGCACUGAGAAGGAGUCUAGCAAGAGACCAACAAUGAGAGAGGUUGUCAACCAGCUAGUAGAUGCUAAACCCCGGACAAGAAGCAUUAAAGCUUAGCUUUUGGGACUUCAACCUUCUCUUGUUUAGCAGGUGAAAUUUAACCCAUUUUUCUUUCUUCAGGGUGUAAUCCCCGAGAAGUUUUGUAUUAUUAACUAUGUAAUAUUUAGGAAAACAUUAAGGAGAUUCCAAAUCCCAUCUCUGUCUGGAUCUUAAAUUCUUACUGGAUAGAUGUUUCCUGUUUUUUGUGUACUUGUUUUUCUAAUGGGAAACUACAAUUUUUGCAGUAGAAAAGUUUAUGUUUUUCUAAUGGAAAAGUACUUCAAUUUUCUGCAAGAA